UUACCAGUAGCUUUCCUUGCUGUUUGUGCGGCGGUGCUUAUUCCAGGAGUGCCACCGGAACUCGCCUCUAACGACAUUGUGCUCUCUGCCAUUUCGAGUUGGUGACUAUUCGGCAAUAAAUUGAAUUGUUAUAAAACAUUUUUUUAUUCCAUUGUUAAAUUUAAACAUUCAAGAAGUAAAUUAAACUAAAUUUAAAAUUUUUAUUAAAAAUUUAAUUGCAAUAUGAGCACUUUUAUUUGAAUACUUGUUUUUUUUUGUAUUAAAUUUAAACAUUUAAUAAUUAAAUUUAAUAUGAGCUCUUUAAGUUAAUUUUUUUUUGUUAAGUAAGUUGGCUAAAAUCGUACGGAACCGUGGCUUACAACACGUGACGGAAAGCUCAAAGUACUUUCGGUCUUUAAUAAUCAUUCAAAAAUGUAUACCAUAUACGAGUAUGUAUGAGAUUGCACAAAAGUUAUCGGAUGAAUACAUAAAAUACCUCAAGACUGGAGUGGAAACAGCAGCACUACGGCAAAUCAGUGCACAGCUGGCAAAUGCGCACAGUAAAAAGGACCUUUUCACCAAAGAGCUGGAUCAAUUGUCUUUAGCUGAUCAAUUUGUUGCUUGCACCACCUGUCGUGCAACGGUUAAUGUUAUCGCGCGUUCGGUUCGAGAGGAAGAUGGUCCGGAAGCUGAUGAGAAGCUGAAAGGCAUUACUUUGGACGCAUGUAAUAGGCUGAAAUUACAAACUCCAGAAGUGUGUGAAAACCUGAUUGAUUUUAAUCUUGCAAGUGUUAUCUACAUAGUCAAGAAUACGAGGAUCGAUUCUAAUACAUUUUGUUCGUUAUUUAUGCAAUUCAAUUUCUGUAAUGUGCAAAAUGCCGAUUAUAAUUGGACGCUCACAAUUGAUGGCGGUGGCGCGGCUGUUAUGGCCCCGAAAUCGGAUUUACCCGCCAAGAAUGGCAAUGAAUUGAAAAUCUUGCAGUUAACUGAUAUUCACUAUGAUCCACUGUAUGUACCUGGUGCUUUGGCCGAGUGCGAUGAGCCACAAUGUUGUCAGCGCCACGUCGGCAAUACAACGAGUGACAAGGCGGCGGGUUAUUGGGGCGAUUACCGUGGUUGCGAUGCACCUUGGCAUAUGAUUGACGAUGCAUUGAAUCAUAUCAAGAAUACACACACUGAAUUCGAUUACAUUUAUCAAACCGGUGAUGUUGUUGAUCAUAUGGUUUGGGGUACUUCUGUUGCGAAGAAUAAUGACAGUUUGUGGAAAUUCAGCAAUCGCUUAGCUGAGGUUUUCCCCGGUGUACCAGUAUAUCCCUGUAUUGGCAACCAUGAACCACAUCCAAUGAAUCUUUUCAGUCCAGACGAUGUGCCGGAGAAUAUCAAUACCCGUUGGCUUUAUGAACAAUUAUAUGAACAAUGGUCUACUUGGUUGCCAGCCGAUACAAAAGAAACCAUUCUAAAGGGUGGUUACUACACAGUUUCACCAAAAGCCGGUUUUCGUGUGAUUGCGUUGAAUAACAACGAUUGUUACACCUCAAACUGGUGGUUAUACUACGAGGGCACGAAUAAGAUACCACAACUGCAAUGGCUUCAUGAUACCUUGUUAGCCGCUGAAAAGGCAGGCGAAUAUGUACAUAUACUGGGGCAUAUUCCCUCAGGGGAUGGUAGUGGUUGGUCCGUAUGGGCGCGUGAAUUUAGCAGAUUGGUUGAACGCUUCAGAAACACAAUUAGUGGCAUCUUCAAUGGACAUUCACACAAUGACGAAAUGCUUAUGUAUUACUCGGAGAAAGGUCACGCGAUUGGUGUUGCUUGGAAUGGUGGCGCACUAACGAUAUAUUCGGAUAAAAAUCCGAAUUACCGCCUAUAUUAUGUGGAAGCGAAAAGCAUGCAAGUUGUAGAUCACGAAACAUGGAUCUUCAAUUUAACAGAAGCCAAUGCUAAUGGUGACAGUCAAACACCAAAAUGGUUUAAAGAAUAUGAGUUCUCCGCUGAGUUUACGGAAAAUCUAAGCCCAGCGGGCAUCAAUACUUUGCUUAAUGAAAUGGCUGAGAACCCAGACAUUCUUAGAAAGUUUUGGACGUAUAAAAUGACUACUGCCGAUCCGAAAAUGAAAGAGGGUUGUAAUAGACUUUGCCUGCUCUCCACGAUCUGCCGCAUAGCGAUACCUGUGAAUACUCAGAAAGCGCGUUGUGAAGAGCUGCAAGCCAAACUGAAUAUUGCUUUGGACAAUGAAACUACUACUACAAGUACCACCACUACAUCGCCUGCCGCAACGGCAUCGCCCGGUACAACGACAACCACUACCAAAAGUCCUGGUGGUGGCGGUGCGGCUUCCUUAGGCAUCUCAAUGGUUAGUCUUGCACUAGCGGCGGUUUUGUCAAUCAUCCAUUAUGUUUGAAAACCAAAAAAUGGAUGUUUGACAAUUUAUAUUUUCUCCUUACGUAUUUAUUAACAUUUUACUACAAUCAAAGCAUAUUAGAAAGUAUUAAGUUCGUGCGGCCGGGAUGUUAGAAAUAAAUUUAAAAAAAAACAGUAUCAGUAAAUCAAAAUAGUUAAGUAUUGUCUUUCAUUUGCAUUCCUGAAUUCAAAUCCUUGGUCGUCAGUGUAAAUAUUCGACAGAAUACGGUACGUCUUGAAUACGUAAAAAUUUUUCACUAGUUUUCGUUUAAAAGCUGUGGCUGAAAUUUUGGUAACUCAUGAGUUUUAUUACUUUUAAAUUUAAAGUUCUGCUUUGCUAAUCCCAUUUAGCCAAGUCCGUGUAAUUUUUCUCUCUUUUAUUGUAAAUAAAAUCGAAGGUCAGCUGUCACUUUUAUUCUAACUUAUUCCUCUUGCUGUAUAAUCAUUAAUGAGCUUUAGUAAAAUUUCGUAAUUUGCAUUCAAUUGUAAUACGCUAAGGAUGAUUUCUUGGUUACAAAAAGAUGCGCACAUGCAAUGUGAAAAUUAUAAAUUGGACCCCAACAAUUUAUGAGGUGAAGGUUGCACACUAAAAAUAUAAAAUGUUAAUGUGGUAUCUUAUUAUGCUAGCCUUUGCUGUGCGUCUCUGCAUGCGUUUGAAUUUCCACUGGACUUCAUCUGAUUUAGUUGCAAUGUUCACGGUGAAUUAUUUCUGGUGUAAUUAAAUAAGAUCCGUUUUAUUUCUUAAAACUUGGCUCAAAAUAGUUAAAUUAAUUUCUAUCCACAUUUUUCGUGAUAUUUUUAGACAAAACUUGUUUUGUUUUUUAUGUACUAUAUAUUGCGACAAUUCUUAUUUAUUUAUAUACUAAGAUAAUUACUUGCAAUUUGUUAUAAAUCAUGAGCUUUUAUAUGUUUAUGAGCACAAUAAAAACCAAGCUUUUAAAAACAA